AUGCAUAUCCUCGUCGCGAUGCUCCUGUUACCCGGCUGCUCAGCGCUGCGUGACCGCAAGAGCCCAGACAAUGACAGUCGCGAAGCCAUCUCUUGGCCAACCCUCGCGGAGAUGCAGGAGAAGAUGGUAAAGAAGCCGCAUCCUGAGGGGCGUCCGCACUGGGUCACCAAAAGGGAGCUCUCGGACGAAUCGAUUGACUACGUCAAGACGGCGGUUUGGGCAUGCUACAACGUUGAUGCCUCUAAAAUGGCAUCAUGCAUCACUUGGCAGAUGGACAUGGAUUACAACCACACGCUUCCCCAACAGAAGUGGGAAGCGGUCUUGGGAAGAAUGGUCGACAGAGUGGACAAUGAGUAUUUCGGCCCUCCUGUGAAAGCUCGACUUAAGUGGGGUGACCUCAGCAUCCUCGUCUUUGCCUACUACAGCUAG